AUUCAUUCCUUCUCCAAAUACUCUCACCAUGGACAGGCUUCCGAUUGAGAUCUUGCUGAGAAUCUUCAGCUAUCUGCAACCGAAGCUUGGUUCAGUCCUCCGAGUGAACAGCCAGUGGUUCAACUGUGGUAUUUCACUCAUAUGGCGGGAAGCAUUCUGGUUCCACCUGUCUCGAAUCCCAAAAGAUCGACGGGUACGUUAUGCUGCUGCAAUUGGAAAGCUCUUUCUCUGGGAGGGUGCCACGGAGGAGAUAGAGGAGUUCAGUCAUUUUGCCUACCCUAGGCUGAAGCAUCUAAGUAUCGGCUCAAAUCCGUCCGCCAAGGUGGACAUCGCUUGGCUCAAACGGUAUAUGCAUGCAAGAGUCCAAUCGAUUGAAUUCACAGGAGACUUCGAUCCGGAGCUACUGCUGCACCUUCAGAGGAACUGUCGCCAACUGAAGGAAAUAUCAAUCAGUACGCCGGGCGAUCGACUUACGGGAGAGAUAUUUCACAGCUUCCUCCAAAACAGUCCUGUCACUAAAGUCUCCUUGGAUGGAAACAACGUCAAGUCAUUAUUUGCCCACGUCAUUCUCAACCAUCUCACCAAUCACGACAACUUGGAAGAGCUAUCUCUUGGCUACACCAUCGACAAAUUACCGAACAAUAUCAAAAGCUUAGAAACUGUCCGGUCGCUUCGAAAACUCUCCGCCACAAUCACGCACGAUAUAUUUCCAAGCUUUAUCUCCGCCUUUACGUCUUUACAUGAACUAAAUUUGAGCGUGGAGGGGGAGCCAAAAUCACGACUUACUUCCAUCGACCUCAAACACCUUUCAAACCUGACCCCACUCCGCUCUCUCUAUAUAUCUUUAAAUGGCAAGAUGGAUUUGCAAAAGGGAGACCUUCUAUUCCUCAAGAACCUAAAGCACCUAACCAAACUACAACUUACGGGAAAGAUGCAAACGGCCUUCAUUGCAGCCGGAUUCAACAACGUCAAUUUCGAGGACCUGGUUGCAGAUCUGCCCAAUCUGCGAGUACUAACGUUACACGUGUUCCAGUUGGCCCUGAAUAUACACAGCCUAGCAGCUCUCGGCCAAUCGUGCCCGUUACUGGAAUGUUGUGAUCUCAUGGGAAGCUUUAAUAUAGCACAGCUGAAGGAGUACCAGGCACCGCUUUUCCCCAAACUUCUUUCGCUCCGUAUCCAGUGUUUCAACAGGCAGACUAUUGAUCGUACCGGUGCAAUACUACCCGUGGGGAGAGGAAUUGGGUAAGUACUGGUAUAUUAUACUAUUCCUGCGUAAUUCCGCUGACUCUCUGUCUCCAAAAGUCC